AUGUCCAGCAUGUAUCGUGGUGGUUUCAGAGUAGAUGGCGACCCCAACAAAUGGUACAUUUGGACCUCCGGACAUGUAGGGGGUCUGUGCCAUCUGUCGUUGGCACGAGUGGCUGAAAAACCGAUGCCUGUUCCGACCACGCCGUCACGACCGAGGCCACAGGCCCUGUUCUGUUUACAACCACAAGUGGUCAUCGUCACCAGCCCCAAUGCGGACUUCGGAGAUAGCAGUGACGAGGAGGACGAGGUGCCCGUGGGUGGUGCGCACCUGCGGGCCUUCCGGCAUUCAGACCACGAGCGCGAGUGGACGCGCGAAGAGUUCCGAGCGUGGUCGGAGACGGUGGCCGAGCAGCAUGGUUACUGGAUCUCUGAAUUGGGCGGCGUGGGCUUCCUCCCCGAGAUGGAAGCCCAUGGUCCCUGCACUCAGUUAUGUAUCUUCGAGCGAAAGGAGGUCGAGGAGACGCCCGCCACGGAGCCCCCGGUGGACACCGCGGCGGCGGACACCGCGGCGGACGCGGAGGUGGAUGUGGAGCUUCUGGUGUCCCAAGCCUUGAGAAGUGAGGAGCUCGGAGGCGCAGGGAGUGGCCUUUGGAAGUAUGUCCAUAGGGAAGGUACUGGAUCCCGACCCCCAGCACUUGCUCGAGUGAACUUGCAUUAUGCCAGCUACUUGUCCAAUGGUUCGUGCGUGGAGACCAGCCGCUGUAAGAAUCAUGAAACUCCCUGUGCCUUCCAACUGGGUGGACAGCAGGCCUUGCCCAGUUGGCAGUUGGCUGCUGCCUCGAUGCGGCCAGGGGAGGUGUGCUGGAUUUGCAGCCCUCCAAGCUAUGCGUAUGGACCACAGGGGGUGCCACGGAAAGUACCUGGCAAUGAGACCAUGUGGUUCUGCCUUGAGCUCAACUUUGCCAGAGCGCCCGGCACCGUGAAGUUCAGCAACGACUUGCAAGAGGCGAUGCUGGAAGCGGAGAAGCACAUGGAGGUGGGCCGCGACGCGCUCCGGCGCUGCGCCUUCGCGCAGGGCCGACAGGCCUUCCGGCGCGCGCGGGCGGCCAUGCCGGAGAAGCUGCUGUUGAAGCGGGGCCAGGAGGAUGUGGAUCGUUUUGCCACAUUGGACCGCGCGGCCUUGCUGAACCAGGCGUUGUGCUGCCUGAAGCUGGGCGACGCCGUCGCUCCCAAGGAAGCGGUGCAGCACUUCCGCGACGCCCGAGCCGCCUGCGACGAGCUUUUCGUCCGGCACGGGGAGAGCGGUGGAACGGUGGAGAACGAGGAGAACGAGGAGACCGAGGUGAAGAUUGCAGAGAAGAUGCCCCAGUUGCAGGUGAUGCUGCGAAGGGCUUCGCAGGAAGGUGCUUGGAAAGCCAAAGCCUUCUUCCGACGAGGCUUGGCCAAGGAGAAGUUGCAGUAUUUGGCAGACGCGAUCGAAGAUUUUGAGGCUGCUCAGCGCUUGGAGCCAGCGGACACCACGGUGGCCAAGCAGUUGAAGCAGUUGCGGUCACGGCAGAGGAAGGCGGAGCUGGACCCCGCGAAGAUGUUCAAAGGGAUCCUGCAGCGUGAGCGAGAGGAACGUGAGAAGGAGGAAGCUGCGGCGGACCUGGCUGCCCGCAAGCAGCGGCGCGAAGAGAGGCUGAAAGCACAAGCGGCACAAGCUGCAGAGGCAGCGGAAGAUGGGGAACCUAAGUCGACGCUGAACCGGCGGAGCAGCGCUGCUCCGAGCUCCGGAAGCGGACGAUCCUUCGGUGCGGUGCCUGGUGAAGAGGUUCUGAGAGAUUCUGAGAGAGACGCCGCCGGGUACUUCUGGCGCCUGGCCCUGGAGAUGGUCGCCGCACCACCGCCGGAGGACAUCGGCCCCGAAGAGGCUUUGCGGCGGAACGAGGCCUUGGUCUCCAACUUCUGGGAGCUGCGGCGGAGGGCGGAUAUUUACUACGCCGGAGGCCUUGGUCUUCGAGCCUAUUCGUACAUCCACUCCUAUAUCCAGGAGCCUUUCACCACACUGUUGCCGGAGCAUGUGUUUAAUUGCGCCUUGUGGAAUAUCCUGGCCUCCAGUGGUUUCUCUGCGCAGCCAGUCUCCAAUCUCCUCGCACAGGUGCAAGGGGGUCCAGAAGCAGAAGCAGCCUUCUUAGAGAAGUCCCGUGCGGAGUCCAGUGCUCAAGCGAAGGGUCACCUUCUCAAGGAGGUGCCGCUGGGCAUCAGUCGGGUCUACAUCCUUUACGCCUUGGCGAAGCAGUCUCAGAGCUUAGGAGCCUUCAAGCUCGCGAGGAUGGCGUACGACAAGCUGCAGGUGCUCAGAGUACCACCCACGUGGCAACAUCAGAUCGACCUGGCCUGCUUGUCCAUCCGCUCCAAGGCUUACAGUGAUCAGGAUGACUUGCUUCCAGUGUGCAAUUGGUGCAUGACCACCAAUCCACUGCUGCGUUCCAACUUGGACUCCUGCAUCAACUGCGGGCAUCCAUUCAUUCGGACCUUCCUGGGCUUCGACAUUUUACCACUGGUAGAGUUCCAGCCAGAGACCGAUAUCUCUCUCGAGGAGGCGCAAAGACUUAUCGCCCAAGAGCCCAAUCGGAAGUCCCAGAGUGCAGGGGACGGCUGGCACGAAAGCACCCGCGGCGGCGCGGAAGUGAUGUCCCUGCACGAGGCCAUCGACCGCCGAUUCGGGACACGGCGGUGCCGGGCACGGUGCGUUGCGCGGCACGGUGCGGGCCCAAAGGAGACCGGCACGCUGGUUUUGGGGCCCAGUGGUGAUGAUGGUGGCACGGAUCUCUUCGUUCAGAAGAUGUUAGAUGCCGCCAGCUAUUUCGUCCCUGGCGAGCCGUACCAGCCGGUGAAAAUCGAUCGCGAGACGCUGGCGGAUUUGAGGCCUGAGGAGGUGUACACCGCGGACUUCCGGCGCUUCAGCCCCUUGUUGCCGGUGCGCUUCUUCCGGUCGAUGAUCCCCGAGGUGGCGAUCGCCGUGUGUGGUGCCUGCGGGAACUUCUUCCACCAGGAAACUUGGGAGUUGGAGUUCCUUCAGAACAGAUGUUGCCCCUAUUGUGGCUCCAAAAAGGAGAUGCUGAUGCGGGCAGGUUAG